UUUUGUUGUGUUCUUUCAACAACGAAGAUGUGUUUUAAUCUUCUUGUGCUAGAUUCAUCGAGUGAUAUUAUUAGAUAUUAUUUUUUAUGUUAAUAGAAAUGUAUCACAACUACCUAAGGUGAAACACAGUCGCUUGUUGUGUAAUAAGUGAACCUUAAAUAAAGAAAAAUGAAAUUCAGCAUUUUAUUAUUUAUAUUUUUCAUCAAAGUGAGAAUUUGUUAUGCAGUGAUCUACACACUCACAAUAGGAGACUCAAUCACCUGUAGUUGUUGGAGAUUUGGGAAGGUUGAACUAUCAUGGAUUUUGCAAAAAGUAAAUGGAGAAGAAAUACCCCUCAUCACAAAUUGCUCCUACCCCUACAAAAAUUGCCCAGUCCAGUACUAUGAAGGUAACAUUUUCUUUGAGGUUAACAAUUUUUGGAAUAAACUGACAGUCCAACACGUCGAGCAAGACAUGUUUCGACUGAUAUGCACACCAAAUUUUACCUCUAUAUACCUGGACAACUGUAUGAUGAAUGUCGUUGAUAGUGCCGGAGCUCCGUCUGUUGGUUCACCAAUUCACACUCUAAACAAAGGAGACCAAUUCACCUGUGAUUGUGAUUUAUUUGGUAGUCCGAAACUUGAAUGGACCCUACAAAAAGUCAGCGGUGAGAUGAUCAGCCUGGUCAGGACAUGCUACCAGCCAUACACAAGCUGUAUCCCCGUGUACGAUCCAGCGAAUUUUAUAACAGUGACUGAAGAUAAAAAUGCAUACAUGAAGAAAUACAGCUCUAUAGCUCCGAUGUUUGUAUCAAAGCUGACAGUGAAGCAUGUGGACAAAGAUAUGCUGCGGGUGUUUUGUUCUAGCGAUGGUUUUGGGAAUAGACGAGAUCGAUGUUUGAUGAAUGUUGUGGAUUACGUUCGACCCAACAACGGCACUUCAAAGAGCACAGCAACAUACUCAACUACCCAAUCACCGGGCGUCUACUUAACCAAAUACCCCACACAAUCAUUCCUGACAACCCCAUUCGAAUUCCUCUUCUUAACCACACCUAAACCAGCAACUGAAAACUACGCAACCAGCCACGAACAAAACAUUAGUUUAUAUGCGUUGAUUUUCGUCGCAGUUUUAAUAACAAUUAUAUGCGUGAUAGCUAGCUUUUAUAUCAUAUAUGCCAAAAUUAAGAAAUUACAAAUAGAAAGAGAAGCCAUGCGUGCUGUUAGUCGUACGCCUCAGUUAACGCCAACAACUGCUCCUGAACCUUAUCAAAAUGACAUGAGUUCAACACGCGUAAACCCACUAGUUCAUCCAAGUAACAGCACACUAACUACAGAGUCGCAACAACACACAGCAUCAAUACAGAAUUCUGCCCCAAAUGACUUACCACCGCCGUAUUCCAGUCUACUUGAACUAAGAGUUGAACCGCCCCCAUACACGACACUGACAGCUGAAAGCUACAACUGCGAGUCUGCUCCAUCGCAUGAAGCACAGGAUGUUCCGCCUCCAUACACGACAAGAUACAUUGCGACAUACAACAGUGUGUCUCUAUCUGCCCAACAACAAGCACAGAAUGUGCCACCUCCAUACACAAGAUACACUACAACAUACAACUGUGUGGCUCUAUCUGCCCAACAAGCAACCAAUGAGCCGCCUCCACCCUACACAGUGUGGCAUACCAGCUGAAACUACACAAAUGGUCUUCGUAGGAUAAAUGAUUUGUGAGACUGCAUACUUUAACAUGGAGCCAAAAUCUCUGUUUUAUCAACAAAUUAACAUGUCUAUAUUUUGCUAUAUUAAUUUGACUUCUAGCUGCUGGAAUAAACCAGUAUUUUAUUUUACCUGUAAAUACCGUGUGCAAAAUGAGAUACAAAUCGAAUCUUAAUCAAACUCAGCAAUGAAAAAAAAAAUGACAUUAACGACACAUUAUCAUUUUUCUUGUCUUUAACUGAAUAAAUACGUGAAUGAUCAAUACGUCUUAAAUUUUUUUUGUUCCACAUUAAUACACAGACAAUAACAUGCAUACAUGUUUAAAACAUACACAAAUCAGCUUUGUCAUUGUGCUCAUAAUGUUAAUUUUUCAAUUUCUCAAAUAAAU